CUGGCUAUGAGCUGUACUUCCGGACGCUGCUGUCAGACUAUGACACUAAGUAGCCCCGCCCGGAAACUGGACACGGAGACACCGGGAGGUGAGCGGCUCUGCGUCUUCCCAACUUGAUGUGCCGCGGCUAGACGAGGCGGACUGCUCAGGUAGAAAGAAAACAUAUGAUAUAUUUAUAUAGACCUCCACAAGACACCCCCUCACCUCUCAGUAAUGGAGCCUCAGAACACUACAAAGCUUGUGUCUCGCAAGAGACGAAAAGAUAUCCUGGGACCCAAUGGAACAACAGAUGAGGAUUCUGUGCCUACAAAGAUUUCCCGUCAUAUGACAGGGGUGAGUGAACCGGCACCUUUCUCCGAUGAGUUACAGAUUGACUACAGUAAGCCAUACAAGAGAGUAACAAUGGCAGAGGCUAAGAUAGGAACCCCACUUGACAGACCUGUAAGAGUUUAUGCGGAUGGGAUCUUUGACCUGUUUCACUCUGGACAUGCCCGCGCUCUGAUGCAAGCAAAGAGCCUCUUCCCUAACACAUACCUGAUUGUAGGGGUCUGUAGUGACGAGCUGACGCAUAAUCUGAAGGGAUUCACAGUGAUGAAUGAAGCCGAGAGAUAUGAUGCAGUGCAGCAUUGUCGCUACGUGGAUGAGGUGGUGAGGAAUGCACCAUGGACACUGACCCCAGAAUUCCUUGAGGCGCACAGGAUUGACUUUGUUGCACAUGAUGAUAUUCCCUAUUCCUCUGCAGGAAGUGACGAUGUCUACAAGCACAUAAAAGAUGCAGGAAUGUUUGCACCAACCCAGCGGACAGAAGGAAUAUCUACAUCUGACAUCAUCACCAGGAUUGUACGGGAUUAUGAUGUCUAUGCUCGUCGUAACUUACAGCGUGGAUAUACAGCCAAAGAGCUGAAUGUCAGCUUCAUCAAUGAGAAGAAAUAUAACUUGCAGGAACGAGUUGAUAAAGUGAAAAAGAAGGUGAAGGAUGUGGAGGAGAAGUCAAAAGAGUUUGUGCAAAAAGUAGAGGAGAAGAGUAUUGACCUAAUCCAGAAAUGGGAAGAGAAGUCACGAGAAUUCAUUGGCAAUUUCUUGGAGAUGUUUGGCCCAGAAGGAGCCUUGAAACACAUGCUGAAGGAGGGAAAAGGAAGAAUGCUUCAAGCUAUUAGUCCAAGACAGAGCCCCAGCAGCAGUCCAUCCCGGGAACGUUCUCCCUCCCCAUCAUUCCGGUGGCCCUUCUCUGCCAAAAGCUCUCCACCUGCAUCACCGGGCAGACGUUCUCGAUCCGCUGCUGCUGCUUACGACAUCAGUGAGGAUGAGGAGGACUAAAGAUUUAUUCUUUUUUUUCAAUCCUUCCCGCCAGUUGCCGACUCCAUGCCCUCUGACCUCCAGGAAAGCAGCCAAAAGGAGAGGAAAAGGCGGUUCCCAAGAGCUACACUUUGUGGAAGUGCAUAGGACAUGAGCUUCUUUCCUACAAAUCGCUAUAUUAUAUUGUAUUUUUUAAAUGAAGCCAAUCUCUUUUUAAUGAACUAAGUGUCCACAAUAUAUUUCUUUUGUCAUUGAUUUAUUUUUUAUUUUACCGGGAGGUUUUAUCGCAUGGACCGGUGCAUCCUGUUGUAGGCUUUUAGUACUUGAACUCCUUUGCAGAUGUUUUCAGCUGUGAGCUCCCAUAUGACAGGACAGUAAAUAUCACAAAGGAAAAAAGCUUGACCCAUGUGACAUGGAGCCUAUGUCUGUCUGUCUGUCUGUCUGUCUGCCUGUAGAUGUAUCACAAUAUUGGAGACAUUAACUACAAAUUUACUGUUCUGUGGGGGGCAGUGACCGGUGAAAUGCAUUGUAUUAAACAUGAACUCCAUGGAAUUUAGCCAUUUCUCAUUAAAAAGUGCCUGUUGUCGUAAAAAUGUUUUUUUGCAUCUGUUUGGAUUUGCACAUUGCAAAAUUCCGCCCUUCUUUACAUUGAUGAUUGUGCAGAUUUACCAUGUGGCAAACCAAAUAUCACAGAAUCCAGCACUUUGGAGUCACAUUGGGAAGUGAUCAAAAUCGGGCAAAUACAGAACAAAUGAAAGCAAGUAUGGAAAUACUCUAAAAAUCUUAAUUUACCUUUAGUAACAGUACAGAUUCUGCUUGCAUAAAUGGCUUCCAUGCAGAUAUACCACUGUGUUUGUUCAUUAUAGGUUUUGUGUUUUUUUGUUUUUGUUUUUUUCUUUUUCAUGUCUUCUAAUAAUUGUUUUUUGUAAAGGAGUGUACUAUUUUUAUUCUUAUGUUUAAUUUUAAGUAAACUGUUCUAGGAGAUAUAAUCAGAACUGUUUGUAUAGAAAUUAAAAUGCACAUUGCAAUUCGU